CAAAGAAAGAAAGAGCAACCCGGCAGGCUCCGAUGGAGGAGAACCAGACUUUCGAGACGGAUUUGAUUCACGCCAUUUUCAAGCUGGUCUGGUCCAGAAGAGCUCUCGAGCGUCAGUUAGUUGAAGGCACCGAAGCUUUGGACGGCGAGGUGCAGGUGGGAGCUGGAACAUCGAAGAAGAAUCGGCCGAUGUCAGCUAAUGCGAAUGCCUUGAAAUUGAGUUGCGAACUUCUGCGAAACUUUGUCACAGAGGCUGUGCAGCGCGCUGCUGCGAUUGCUGAGGCGGAGGGCACAGAUAAGAUUGAGGCAACUCACUUGGAGCGGAUUCUCCCGCAGUUGCUUUUGGAUUUUUGAGCUAUCAAAACUUGCUGAGUUAAACCCAGAAUCUGGAGAAAACUAUUAUGGGCAACUACAGUAAGAAUGUUUCAUAGAAGGGUUGUUUUGAUACUGUGGACUCACUUUUGUAGUAGAAACCUUGGCAAGUAUAUAUGCAAGGAUUUGUGCUGAGACUGGUAUAUUACUCAUAAUCAAGCAUAAUAGAUAUUAAUGUACUUGCAUUUGGUGGUUUAUAUACGUAAAGUAUGGUGAGAAUCCUCUUUUGUUCUUACCCUUUCCUUUUAAA